GUUCACCAUCUUCUAUAUAUAAACCAAUUAGACCUAUCCCCAAAUCAAGACUCCACUUCCACUUUUAAGUUAUCUCGAAAAAAAAAAAAUGAUGCAAUCUCAACUUUCUCUACCCUCUUGGGAACCAUAUAACACCAUGAACUUGACUCUUGAUCAAACAAUGCAAAUUUGCAUUAACAACCAUCAGUUUUCACCCUUAAUUACCAACAGUGAGGGUUCACUCACAAACUCAGACUCAUAUUUUCCAGGUUUUCUAUCCGAGGAGCUUGCUGAUUAUUCAUUUAUAGAUGAUCAGAUGCAAGACAUACUGCCAAGGGAGAAUAUUGCUAUGGAGAGCUUUGAAGCUAUUUCGAGUUAUGAGAUUGAGACUAUGUGUGGCUUGUUAGAUGGAAGUGACGGUAAGGAGAAUAUAUUGUCUCAACUUCCUGGGGAGGAACAAGAUUUCUGGAGUCCUGAUCUAUCUUCUAUGGAGCAAAAAGAUUUAUGGAGUCCUGAAUCUGAUCUCCUAAUAGAAUCAUAUAUCGGAACAGAAUGUUUGCAGUCAGAAAACCAGUCACUAAUAUUACCAAGUGAUGAUAUGGAAAUUGAUACCCAAUCAAGCCUCUGCCUCUUGCUAAAAGCUUAUGGCGAGGCUGUUGAUGAAGGGCAAUCACAACUUGCAGAGGUCAUAGUCAAACGCAUAAAUGAGAAGGUUAGCCCAGUAGGCGAGACACUUGAACGUGUAGCAUUCAGCCUAUUUCAGUCCAUGGAAAACCAAGGAAGCUACAUAAAGCAAGAAGCAAUCAAAAACCUCGAGGCAGCAUUUAAAGCAUUCUAUGAAAUCUUCCCAUAUGGGAGGUUUUCUCACUUUGCUGCCAACUCCGCCAUUCUUGAAGCUAUGCCAGAUAAUGCAGAGAUGAUACACAUAAUAGACUUUGACAUGGGAGCAGGAAUUCAGUGGCCUUCACUUAUUGAGGCUAUAAGUGGUCAAAACAAAGCACUAAAACUGACAUCAAUUAAAGUAGAGCAUGACUUUGCUUCUAAUCCAGCAAUAUGGAAAUUUGAGGAGGCUAAGUCGCGACUCUAUGAGUACGCUGGAUCUUUUGAUCUUAAUCUGAUUGUAGAGGAGAUUACAAUGGUUGAUUUGAUGAGAAAUGUAGAAAAUUUAAGGAGUUUGAACAGGAGAGAAUGGUUAGCUUUCAAUUGUAUAACUAACCUUCCGCACAUGGGGAGUAGGAGAAGCAGACGCGAUGUCCUGAAAUUUAUAACUGUAGCUCAGACAGUCUUAGCCAAUUCUGCAACCUAUAAAGGGAUGUUAACACUUGGCCUUGGGGAAGAUGUAAAUGUUAUGAAAAGUUUUCCAAAAUUCAGUUCGUACUUUUCUGAAAACUUGAGGCACUUCCAUGCACUGUAUGAAUCAAUGGAAUGCAGUUUUCCAGCUUAUUUUGCAGAAGGAAGAUUAGCCAUGGAAAGCCUUUUCCUCGCACCAUAUGUCUCUUCUCCCUCUUGCUUUCAGAGGUGGGAGGAGGAGAUACAGAAUGGCCCUGUAUCCAAGGCAAUAACUGGAUUACAAGGUUUAAAAGUGAGCCAACAGAACUUACUAGAAGCGAAAGAGAUGGCCAAGGAAGGAGAAACUUCAUAUGCCAUCAAAACUGAAGGCCUGAACGAGAAUGAAAUGAUUCUGGAAUGGAAAGGAAGUCCAUUAGUGAGAGUUUCAACAUGGAUGUGAAUAUCAGACUUAACUAAAUAGGGGGAUAAUACAACAGAUUAGUUUUUUCUCUUUUUUACUUUAGCUAUACCAGUAAAAAUUAUGGGCAUAUAUAAUAGAGCAGCAUAUCUUUGUUUUAUGA